CCAUCCCAUCGCAGUUGAACCUUCCCCCGAACAUUAUAAAAAGGGAUCAACCCCUAACCGGAAGUGCUGAUUAUGAAUGUGCAUUUUUAAUCAUGUAAUAUUCUGAACUGGAUUAACGAAAGUGAAAUUGCACCUGCACUCCACCAACGGUCAACGUUCUCACAUGUAUUUACCUACCUCUCUGACACGCAUCAUUCCCUUCCCUUUCUACCGAGUCCCUUUCAGAUCACCGCCGUCCAGCACCGAUGAUGAAGGAUUGCUUCCGACCCUGGCCAACGGACAUCUCGGCUUUACGGUCUUUGGUGAUGCGAUCUACAUGAACGGUUUGUACAACGGUCACCGAGGGCUGAGUCAUAGGGCGAGAAUAGCAAACAUUGCCAACAUUCGUCUCGGAGGAACAGGGCGGCCCUUCGAAAACGGCUUCUCCGGUGGGAACCAACCGCCGCCGCCAUGGACGAUGGACUUCGAGACGGGCACGUUUUGCGCCGAUUAUCGAGGACCUAAUAAUAGCUUCAGGGUAGUGCAGCUGAUCUAUCCCCAUCAAUUGUACAAUCGUGCGAUCGUCAAUCAAUUCACGAUCGAACGGCUCGAUGGCGAAGGUGAUAUCCACAUCGGCAUAAUUCAGAGCAUCACCUUUCCUGGCAGUGAAGACAUCGCAUUCAACCCGACCAACACCACCUUCAUUAGCUCUGACGCGGAACGGACAGCAAUGAACUUUGGCAAUGAAUAUUCAGUUAAGGUGUACCAAACAUGUGGAACCACGGUGGAACUGGAGGAUCCCGACCAUCAGCACCAGCAGCGACACGUCUGUGUCUUAUGGAAUCAUGUUCCAGAAGAGCUCACACUGAAACGGUCCGAGCGCACGGUGUCGUACAAAUUUAUAAUGACGGCUGAUGAAAGUGCCAGCCUGGCCCGCCAAGAGCUGACUGAUGCCAUCCUCACCGAAGACAAUGAGCUGCUGCGUCGCCACAGCAACGUUUGGCGAGGCUUCUGGAGCGAUUUUGAUAUCAGAACCGAGGGCAAUCCGAACCUUGAACGAAUUAUCCGGGCAAGCGUGUUCUAUUUGAUAAGUAACUUUCCGCUUGGGAUGGCAUCGUCGUCGGCUAGAGCUUAUCUCUUCGGUGGAUUGAGUCCAACGGGACUUGGUCGCGGUGGCUCCAAUCUGGCUGAUUACGAAGGACAUUCGUUCUGGGAUACGGAGCUCUGGAUGUUCCCGGUGGUAAAUCUAAUCGAGAGCGAAUUUGCCGAGAUGAUGGUUGAUUAUAGAUACCGAAGGAUGGAAGCUGCUCGGCGGAACGCCGAAGCAGGUGGCUAUCGUGGAAUAAAAUACCCCUGGGAAAGCGCUUCGUCGGGUGUCGAGGUGACUCAACCCUGCUGCCCGGAAGUGGCGCAAUUUCAACACCACAUUACCGCAGAUAUAAGUUUCGCUUUGCGGCAGUACUUUUCCGCCACGCAAGACCUCGUCUGGUUGCGCAACCAAGGAUGCUCGAUGGCUCAGGCAAUUGCCGAAUUUUGGGCCAGCCGAAUCUCGCCCGAUCCCGUUACAGGGCUGUUCGACAUCAAGGAGGUGAUGGGACCGGAUGAAGAUCAUGAAAAUGUUACCAACAACGCAUACACCAACGUGAUCGCGGCUUAUGCGCUGUAUUUUGGCGACCUGACGAAAUGCCUCUGCAGCAAAGGCGGCGACGACGACAACGGUGCCGAUAGUGGUAAUAAAACAAAUCCGAUGAACCUGGACAAAGACGUGGCGCCGCCCAUCUCCACCAGCGGAAACUGGAGUGCACUGGCGAGACAGGUAAAGUUGCUUUAUGACACCGAAAAUGACUAUCAUCCCCAGUUCGAGGGCUACCAAUUGGGGACAGUCAUUAAACAGGCGGACACCGUGCUGCUGGGCUAUCCUCUGCAGUACCCCGGAAUGGAUGCCGAUACUCGGGGUAACGAUUUGCGGUUUUACGAAUCAGUCACCAGACGAUCCGGGCCGGCAAUGACCUGGGCCAUGCAUGCCAUUAACUAUUUGGAUUUGGGCAAAACGGUGAAAGGUUUGGAGAAUUUCGAAAGAAGCUACAAAGGCUACGUGCGGGAACCGUUCUGCGUGUGGAAUGAAGUGGAACGAGGGCUUGACAAUGGAGCUACCAAUUUCAUCACCGGUGCCGGGGGGUUUCUGCAAGCUGUGAUAAAUGGUUUUGGAGGUGUUAGACUAUUCCUGGAUCGGAUGGAGAUAGGAAAUUCGCAGUUACCUCCUGAAACGACGCAGCUCGAAGUCAAAGGAUUGCAGUACUUGGGCGCGAAAUUUACGCUGUCGGUUUCAAGCGAUAUGACCUCCGUAAAAUUCACGAGACUUACACGGGAUUUGAGUGUAUGCAUUGGUAGUUUGCCGUGUGGGUCAGUGAUAUUGAAUCAAAUAUGUAAGUAUGUCCUGUUUAAGGGGUGA